UAAAUGACCAAGAAGAGCCAUAACAUUUUUAAUAAUAUGAAACAAUCAAAUUGCAAUUAAGUAACUGCUGAAAAGCUGACGACCUACAGUCACACCUUUCAAUAUUCAUUAGCAGAAAAUGAAAGCAACGUAUUUCCCGCAUAUAAAAGCCAAAAAUUGUUUGCUUUAUUUUUAUUUGUUGUGACAGUGUACAAACAUGAAAGUUUUCGUGGCAACACUUUUCUUUUAUUUUUUCGGAACGUCUUUGGCUUUAUAUCCAAGUGCCAAUUAUAAAUCAGUGGUAACUAAAAGACCUCCAGUAGCAGAAAAACCGGAAGAAAUCUACGGUCUACCUCACUUCAAAGUUCCAUCGAUUAUUUACGGAAUACCAUCAAGGACAUUCGAUUUUGAUGUAACUGAUUUGUUGGUGGAAGUAAGCGACAGGGAAGAAGUUCCUCAAAAGGUAUCCGAAGUUUACGGAGUACCACAGGUACCAUCUACCUCUUACGGAGUACCAGUGCAAAAAGUUGCAGUACCGAAAAAACUGUUGGAAACUUAUGGAGUACCCACCUUGCGUGCCACGGAAUUCCUCGUUGGUGGUGACGUACUGUCUCAGAAACCACCAGUACCAUUAAAUUCCUACGGAGUACCAGUUGAAAAUGUGAUUUUCAAGGAACCGGCCGAAGUUUAUGGGCUACCAGCUGUGCAUUCAGCCGAUUUUUUUGUUGAGAAACCGGUUGAAACUUACGGGGUACCACUUGUAACGAAGUUUGAAGUACCAGCGGUAGAAUACGGGGUACCAGAAGUUGUGAUUACGAAAAAUUUUGAAACGUAUGAGUUGCCAAAAGUACGCGUUCCUGUAAUUGGAGUGCCAGAGAAACCUAGCGAGGAGUAUGGGGUUCCGAAAGUGCGAGUACCUGCCACCGUUUAUGGGGUACCAUUUUAAUUUUGAAAAUCUUUUCAUUAAAAUAAAAAUUUAGAUACUUUAAAUGUGUUUUUGGCAACGACCGAAUGAAAAAUUUUUGCAUGUUGGAUGACUUUUAAUAGCAUUUUUUGUGUUAAAAUAAAAAUACGCUAUCUUAUUUAAUCAAAAAUUUAUGAAACUAAUAGAAUCUCUAGAAUAACUUUUGGUACUUCAGCUGUGUACAAAAAAAAAACAAUCUUAAUAAUGUAUACCCAAUUAUUUAAAGAAUUUAUUCAUCUGGUUCAAGAAACCAGAAAUUAUUGUUUUUAGGGAAUUUACUUUACACAAUACAUGACAUACUUUAAUUGAAAACAAAUUGUGAACAACACAGUUUUUACAUUAGUAGGA